AUGUCGUCGUCUUCUGAUUUUGUUCCUGCUGUUUUCAAUGGGUUUGUGGAUGCCAUUGGCAAUACUCCUCUCAUAUUGCUGAAGGGCCCUUCGGAACGCACUGGAUGUAAAAUUUACGGAAAGGCGGAAUUUUUGAAUCCAGGUGGAAGCGUCAAAGAUCGAGCUGCCAAAUUCUUGGUCGACGGUUUGGAGCGCGAUGGUAAAAUCCAACCGGGCGGCACCAUUGUCGAAGGGACUGCGGGUAAUACAGGAAUUGGGUUGUCCUAUGUCGCCAAUGCCAAGGGCUAUCGUUCCGUGAUUGUGAUUCCUCGAUCGCAAACCAAAGAAAAGAAAGAUACGCUUCGUCAAGCAGGCGCCACUUUGAUUGAAGUCGAUCCCAAGCCCUAUGCGCAUCCUAACAACUAUAUUAAGCUCUCGGGACGAAUUGCCGAAAAGUUGCCAAACGCAUGCUGGUCCAACCAAUUUGACAAUGUCGACAAUCGUCGUGCGCAUUACGAAACGACUGCUCCUGAAAUUAUCAAGCAGGUGCCAGACCUUUCGGCAUUCUCUUGUGCUGUAGGUACUGGUGGAACACUUGCUGGAUGUAGUUUGUAUUUCAAAGAACAUUUUCCAAAUGUCAAAAUCGGUCAUACCGAUCCACAAGGUGCCAAACUACAUCGUUUCUACAAGGACGGGGAACUCAAAUCGGAAGGAGGUUCCAUCACGGAAGGUAUUGGACAAGGGCGCAUCACUGCCAAUUUGGAAGGCUUUACUCCCGAUUAUACAUUUGAAAUUGACGAUGAGGCUGCCAUGAAAUCCUGUUUUGAAUUGCUUCAAAAGGAAGGCUUGGCAUUGGGCAUGAGCUCUGGAAUCAAUGUCGCUGGUGCCGAACGCCUAGCAACCGAGUUGGGCCCAGGCCAUACUUUGGUGACGAUUUUGUGCGAUUCCUCCAGUCGUUACCAGGGCAAAAUGUUCAAUCGGGAAUUUCUUGCCUCCAAAGGAUUGCCGCAACCCGAAUGGCUGCAACCAGAUUUGCCAGAGGAAAUUGCUCAAGCUCUGGAUGAGGCUACCGAGAAUGACGCGUAA